CUUGCUGUUUUCACUUUUUCUACAUACACAAAAUUCGAGGCCAUGGACGUUGACGCGCGCGAAAUCACCCGUCUGUGGAGGGUCUACCGUACUGUGCACCAAAUGUGCUCUGCUCGUGGCUACCUGGUCUCACACCGCGAUAUUGACCGUGAUCUGGAGUCGUUCCGCUCAGAGUUUGCGCCGGCUGGAAAAGUGGAUCGUAACCGGCUAACGUUUGUUGUGCAGAAGCGCGACGACCCCGCGAGCCAGAUGUUCCUGUUCUUCCCGGAGGACAAGUCGGUAGGCAUCAAGCCGAUCAAGCAGUACAUCAACAAGAUGGCUAACGAGUCUGUGACGCGCGGCAUUGUGAUCUUCCGCAAGUCGCUGACGCCCUCAGCCAACAAGCUGAUGUCGCAGGUCACUGGAAAGUACCGCAUGGAGGCCUUCGAUGAGGCCAACCUGCUGGUCAACAUUACUGAGCACGAGCUUGUGCCGCAGCACAAGGUCUUGAGCGAUGAGGAGAAGAAGGGCAUUUUGAAGCGCUAUCGCCUGAAGGAGACCCAGCUGCCGCGCAUUAGCAACGAUGACCCCGUUGCCAGAUACUACGGUCUCACGCGUGGCCAGGUCGUCCAGAUCAUCCGUGCUUCGGAGACUGCUGGCCGCUAUGUCACCUACCGUCUCUGCAUGUAAAACUGGAUGUUGGAUAAAUAAAGCCUGCUGCUCGAUGUUUCAUUAAACCCACGCUACGAAAAGUCAUGCAAGAACCGAUCGAUCUCGAACCUCACAC